GGCCGCGAUGGGCAAGGCCGCUCGCUCCGCGCCGCCUUCGGACUAGCCCAGCCAGCGCAGAGAGGAGUCGCCCGGGCUCGGGGCGCCAUGGAGGAGUGGCGGCAGUGCGGCCGCUGGCUGAUCGACUGCAAAGUGCUGCCGGCCAACCACCGGGUGGUGUGGCCGGCGGCCGUGGUCUUCGAGCUGGCGCAGGCGCUGCGCGACGGGGUGCUGCUCUGCCAGCUGCUCCACAACCUGGCGCCGGGCUCGGUGGACCUCAAGGACAUCAACUUCAGGCCCCAGAUGUCGCAGUUUCUCUGUUUGAAGAAUAUUCGGACUUUUCUCAAAGUGUGUCAUGACAAAUUUGGCCUACGGAACAGUGAGCUGUUUGAUCCGUUUGAUCUCUUCGAUGUGCGAGAUUUUGGGAAGGUAAUAUCAGCAGUUUCAAGACUUUCUCAUCACAGCAUUGCACAAAACAAAGGAAUUCGGCCAUUCCCUUCGGAGGAGACCACAGAGAAUGAUGAUGACGUCUAUCGGAGUCUGGAAGAACUGGCCGAUGAGCAUGACUUGGGGGAGGACAUUUACGACUGUGUCUCAUGUGAAGAUGAAGGUGAUGACAUCUACGAAGACAUCAUUAAAGUGGAGGUCCAGCAGCCCAUGAAAAUGGGCAUGACAGAAGAUGACAAAAGGAAUUGCUGUUUGUUAGAAAUUCAGGAAACGGAGGCAAAGUACUACAAGACACUUGAAGACAUAGAAAAGAAUUAUAUGAAUCCAUUAAAGCUGGUACUCACUCCACAAGACAUGGAGGCGAUAUUUAUCAAUUUGGAGGACCUCAUUAAAGUCCACUUCGGCUUCCUAAGAGCCAUUGAUGUCUCCAUGAUGUCUGGGGGGAGUACUUUGGCCAAAGUAUUUCUAGAGUUCAAAGAAAGGCUUUUGAUAUAUGGUGAAUACUGCAGCCGCAUGGAAUAUGCACAGACCACACUGAAUCAGCUCAUGGCUAACCGUGAGGACGUCCGGCAGAAAGUUGAGGAAUGUACUUUAAAAGUUCAGGAUGGGAAGUUCAAGCUGCAGGACCUGUUGGUGGUGCCGAUGCAACGGGUCUUGAAGUAUCACCUCCUCUUGAAAGAGCUUCUCAGCCAUUCAUCUGAUCGGCCAGAAAAGCAGCAACUCAAGGAAGCCCUGGAAGCAAUGCAGGACUUGGCCAUGUACAUAAAUGAAGUCAAGCGAGACAAAGAGACGCUGAAGAAAAUAAGUGAAUUUCAGAGUUCUAUAGAGAACUUGCCAGUGAAACUGGAAGAAUAUGGAAGGCCAAAGAUUGACGGCGAGCUGAAGGUUCGGUCAAUAGUGAACCACACGAAGCAGGACAGGUAUUUGUUUUUGUUUGAUAAAGUGGUGAUUGUCUGCAAGAGGAAAGGUUACAGCUAUGAGCAGAAGGACAUAAUUGAGUUGCUCUCAUACAAGAUGACUGAUGACCCCACAAACAACAAGGACAUAAAGAAGUGGUCAUACGGGUUCUACCUAACUCACCUUCAAGGCAAGCAGGGCUUCCAGUUUUUCUGCAAGACGGAAGACAUGAAGAGGAAGUGGAUGGAGCAAUUUCAAAUGGCUAUGUCCAACAUUAAGCCGGAGAAAGCCACUGCAAACAACCACCAUUUCCAGAUGUUCACAUUUGAGAAGACCACCAACUGCAAAGCAUGCAAAAUGUUCUUAAGAGGGACAUUCUACCAGGGCUACCAGUGCAUGAAGUGUAAAGUUGGUGCUCACAAAGAAUGCUUGGAGGUUAUCCCACCUUGUAAAAUCAGUUCUCCUGCGGACCAGGAUUCAUUAAAUAUAGGUCCCAAGAUGGUGGCAGUUCAGAAUUACCAUGGCAAUCCGGCUCCUCCAGGGAAACCAGCAUUAACAUUUCAGACUGGAGAAGUGAUAGAGCUACUCAGGGGGGAUCCGGAGGCCCAGUGGUGGGAGGGGAGACUAAUAUUGUCAAAGAAGUCUGGCUGUUUUCCCAGCUCCUCAGUAAAACCCUGCCCGGUGGAUGCAAGGCCUCCCAACAGCCGGCCUCCGUCGCGAGAGAUGGACUAUUCGGCAUACCCUUGGUUUGCAGGCAACAUGGAAAGGCAGCAGACGGACAACCUACUGAAGUUACACAUCAGCGGGACGUAUUUGAUCCGAGAAAGGCCAGCCGAGGCUGAACGCUUUGCCAUCAGCAUUAAGUUCAACGAUGAAGUGAAGCAUAUUAAGGUGGUUGAGAAGGACAACUGGAUCCACAUUACAGAAGCAAAGAAAUUUGAAAGCCUCUUGGAACUUGUGGAAUACUAUCAAACCCAUUCAUUGAAGGAGAGCUUCAAACAACUGGACACGACACUGAAGUAUCCGUACAAGUCUCGGGAACGCUCCACCUCUAGAACCUUAACUCGAUCACCAGUGUUCACACCGCGGGCCAUAGGGACGGCCGUUGCAAGGUACAACUUUGCCGCACGGGACAUGCGAGAGCUUUCGUUGCGAGAAGGAGACGUUGUGAAGAUCUACAGUCGGAUUGGUGGGGACCAGGGCUGGUGGAAAGGAGAAACCAAUGGAAGGAUUGGCUGGUUUCCUUCAACCUACGUGGAGGAGGAGGGCGUGCAAUGACAAACAGAUCUCUGGACAUGGUCAGCCCAGGAAGAGACUCUGUUCCAGUUGCUAAGGCUCCAUGGGACAAGCUCAGUAUUGAGAGCAGAGAUGCAAGCCCCUUGGGGGGGGGCUCUUCUGUAAACGUGUGGUGUGUGUGGAGAGAGAGCACACAUGCAGCAGUGUGGAGCAUCGUGUGCUGAAAGUGGGAAAGGGUUGGGAGAGGUUUGGCAGCUAUAAUUGUACAUAAGAUUUGCCGCAGAAGGUCAGCUUGGCUGACCUGGCAGACCUGGUGGCUGCUUUGCUACGGAUUGUAGAAGCCCCUUGGAAGGUGUGCCUAAAGCUCCUUUGGAAGUGUGGAGCAGAGCAAUAGGGUAGAGUUUCUCAGUCCUGGGGAAGGGGAGGGGCGUGACACAUAAGGGAGAAUGUUCCAAUUUUUACCACCGUCCAGAGCGAAGGGACUUUUGCGCUGGAGUCAUGCUACUGUGGCAUUUGACAGGAGUCUCUCCUGCACUGGCUGCUGAACCCCAGCCCCACUCCCCCCCCCCGCUCCGUGGUGGUGUGGGGGAACAGUUGAGGCCACUGUCGUAUGAUUUGACCCAUUUUCCAGAAACCGAAAGGCCUUCCACUGAACGACUCAUGCAGCAGCAGCCCUCCACCAUGGCACCACACAGCCCCAAACCACAGUGCUGGUUCAAGUGCAAGUCUACUGCUCAGGAGAGCCCCAGGCAGUUCCUCCUUGCUCAAGCGCCCCCCUCCCCAGUGGAUGACCUUCACGGAAAGAGGCGCCCUGGCUUUGGCCCUCUCUCUCCUCUCCUUCCAUGCAUGUUACUGGGAUGACUCCAGAAGACGUUUCUCCCACACAGUGCCUGGUAAUGGUGAAGUGGAUCCCCCUUGCCUGACUGCAGACUACUAGAACUGGCACUUAGCGGAUCUUCUCUGCUGACCCUUUGUGCAGUCUCAUCUUGGGUGGUUGUCCUCCUCAGCCUACCUGGAAUUUCUGCCUGUUUCACACUUCUUUGUUUGAAAUAUGUUGCUCUUCCCCUUUGAGAAGCAGUCUCAUCCAUCCAUUGAUGCCCAGGCAAUGGCCACUUUUAUGCAGCAGGUAGAAUUUGGCAAAGGAUGUUAGGCCUGUCAGGGCAGACCAAAUGGCCUGGGAGAAGCUGAGCUUGAUGGCCCUGGCCAGUGGCCUCUCCUACUGCCUGUGAUGAGGGUGCUGGCACAGGUGAGCCUAUAUGCCCCUCGGCACAGCCCUUGGCCAGGCGCCAUUGCAUGGCUUGCUACAGUUGGCCAUGACCCUUCAGAACAACAGUCCAUUCAAAACUUCUGGCAUGUGUCGGGGCCAAUCUGCCCUGCAAUUCCUCCCCACGCCCAAUUUGUUGGAGCUCCUCAGACUUCGUUCAGACUGCUCAGGUACUGUGAGAAAAGAGACAUCCCCAAAUGUGCUUUGAAUAUGAGCAGCAACUUAAGAUCCAGGGAGCAUCUGCAGGGCCUCAUCCUUUCCCAUGUACAGGUACAGAUUCUUCAUGCAAAUACACGUACCACACUUCCCCCACCAGUGUUUGCUUUUGGGCACCUUCAAAUCAGCUCAGUUUCACAAGUGCUCCAUUUGACUCUUUGUUCCUGUGCCCACAUUGAUGUCUCCCAAAAGCUCUGGAUCCUCUCCCCUGGCUGAAAUGCAGCCAUUUAUCUGAGAGAACUUCCUGCCAUGCAUAAUCUUGAGGAAGAGGGCAGGAUAGUAUCACAGAAGUCAAGUUCCCACUUUUAAGAUUUCUGCUUCAUUUGCCUGCAUCCAUGUUUUGCCUCACUCCAUGCGAUGGAGCCACCCUCCCGUACUGGAUCAGUUAUUUCCUGAAUCUUGACAUCAACUUACACAGGCAGAGGCAGGCUGAUUCUGGCAAAACUGUGAAGCUUCUUUCAUAGGCUUUUGGGCUUGGAAAAUAGAACAAGUAAAAACUGGAUUUUUCAGUGCUGCCACUUUAGUGUUCAGGGCUUUACUCACUUUGCCAUGGCCCAAAAUUAUACUGGAAGAACUGCAAUAAUAUGUCCAUUGGAAAGUUCAGUGCUUCCCUACUUUCUGUCAGUUGUACACCUUAACUGUCAUGGCUCCCCACCCCAAAAAAUUCUGGGAAUUGGAGUUUGUCAGGGCUAGGAGUUCCAAGUCCAUGAUGUGCUCUCUAGCGCACAUGUAAAGCUUCGUUAGGAGCUUUGAGAAGAGGCAAUGUUUAUCCACUAAGUCUAUUUAUAUGCAAACUGUCGUCUUGCCCCGGUUGACCACUGAAGUCACAGAGUUCUGACAGUCACACAUGACUGUUAAAAACAUGCCUGUUAAAAACGGGUAAGGGUCCUGAGAGUGCACCCUCUCCUAAGAGCAACGAGGCAUCUCUGGAGUACAAACAUGUUUCUAGGAGAUAGCGGAUAGCCAGAAAGUCUUGGAGCUAACAGACAAGAGAAAGAAAGCAGAGUCCUAUUCUCACUGCCCAGCCUUUUUUUGAAAGCCAUGCUUAAUUAGGUGUCAAAUGUCCAGCACCUGGCUUGAGAGCCCCUCCCUCAAGAAGAAGCUCAGAGGCUGAGACUUGCAGUGGGUCUUCUGCCCAUGCUCUUGGGCUCUCUUCCUUCUACCAUCUGCUUCCUGCCCUCUCCUAGGUGAGAGGCUCUGGGGGCUUGCUGGGCACCUCCCACUUCCACCUGCUCAUGAGUGCAGAUCUGACCUUGAAUCUACUCUAAAAAACAGAAAGCAGCUGAACGUGAAAGAUCUUCGCCAAGCAUCGUGUAGCUCCAUCCUGGCCUAAUUCGCUUCAGCUGGAUUUAUCUCCGAGAGGGCAUGCUCAGGGCUGCAGCUUGGUCAGGGACAGGACGGGCGGCCAGCGGCUUCUACCAGAGGGGACAGAAUCCUGCCACAGUGGGACGAGCCACUCCUUGCCUCUUGGAGAAUCGCCAAUCAGAUAUUUUAGAUGCAGCCCCUGCCCUGAAAUAGAAACAUCUACCCAGUCUCCAGGGUCAAUUCUGAACAAAACCUUGGUGAGGGCAGGGAAUGGAGAGGCUCUUAUUUGUUUACCGGUGUAAGAAAUUUUUUCCUAAAGAAUUGUUUUGUUUGUAUUAAUUGACCCAACUGUUGCCACAAUUUAUAUUUGUGAAUAAGAAGGGAGGUUUUUUUUAUUAUGGCAGCAAGAAUAUUGUACAUAUAUCUUAGUUGAUUUUGCAAAAACAUUUUUUAGUGUAACAAGAGAAAGAUAAUAUGUAAAUUCCUUGAUUUAUUUGUUGUUCUGUUUCCUUUGCACUACCCUAAAGUGGGGCUAGAGGGGAGGUGGUAGGAUAUUUAGAGAGCCACGGAUGUCUGAGGGAUAGUUCAUAGCGGGGUGGGGUGGGGUGGGGGUGGGGAUUCCAAAUUCAUUUGCAAUUGCUGGAACCUGGAAACAGGAAAUUGAGCUGCUAAGUACUGCCCUUCCAUCCUGUGACGUGCAUUGUUACCAAUAGGUUACUUUACAGGCUGUCCAAGGAAAUUCUCCACCAAACCAAUGCAAUGAAAUUGUCUUGACAAAUUCUUCUCUUUCCCUACAAUUUUUACUGCAAAUAAACAUUUGCUCUUUUUUGGCAGAAGAGAGA